AAAUCAGGCAUGUCUGAGAAUAAAACAUUUUUACCCCUCAACCCAGUGCGCAGUAACCUAGCAUUGGCUCAGCCCCCUUUGGACCCAGCACUGGGUUAGCUAUGUCACAGUUUGGGUUACUAUAAACACAGCAGUUUUAAGAGUGUGGCUUGUCGCAGUGGACAUAAGAACCUCCAAUAAUGUGAUACAAGUGUAGCCCCGCCCCUUUUCCACAAGUAUUUAAUCAGAGCUUGCAGUGCUGAGUCUUCAAAGAGAAAGUGUUUGAAGUGCUUUGUGUCUUGUAGAUAGUGAUCCCCCAUCGAUCGCAUCUCAGUUGCACUUGUCAUAAGCCAUGAUGCAUGACCCGACUUCGCAAUGAUAUCAUCAGUGGUUUCAAAGAUACUACAGACCUGCGUUGAUGGACAUUGUGAGUACUACUAAAGAUGUCUGAUAGUGUCGAUAUUGAAGAGAAACCACCGGCCCCCCCCUUGAGAAUGAACAGUAGUUCCAGAGACUCUUCAUCAGUAAAUCCCGCCUCCAAACCGCUUCCAAUGGCCCCCGAAGAGAAAAUCAAGAAAGUGCGCCUGCGCUCCAUCUUCCCCGGAGGCGAUAAGACAAACAAGAAGAAGGAGAAGGAGCGUCCCGAGAUCUCGCUCCCCUCCGACUUUGAACACACCAUCCACGUGGGCUUCGACGCGGUAACAGGAGAAUUCACAGGCAUCCCGGAGCAAUGGGCGCGCCUCCUGCAGACCUCCAACAUCACCAAGCUGGAGCAGAAGAAGAACCCGCAGGCUGUGUUGGAUGUACUUAAGUUCUAUGACUCCAAAGAGACGGUUAACAACCAGAAGUACAUGAGCUUCACCUCAGGAGACAAGUCUGCCCAUGGUUACAUAGCAGCAAACACUCUGAACCGACUGCUGUCAUCUGGGCCUCCUGUCAGCCUUAGAACCUGCAGCGCAUUAUUUGACAAGCAGGGUGCCAAAACAUCAACGUCAGAACCCCCCAUCGCCCCACCUGUGUCGGAAGAGGAGGACGAGGAGGAGGAGGAGGAGGAGGAAGAGGAGGAAGAGGAGGAGGAGGACGAUGACGAUGAACUGCCCCCCGUCAUCGCGCCUCGACCCGAGCACACUAAAUCUAUCUACACGCGCUCCGUCAUGGACCCGCCCAAACCCCCCACACCCAUCAAAGAGGUUGUGACGCCACCCGAGUCGCAGGUCCAGCCCGACAACACAUCCAGCACAAUGUACCGCCACACUGACCGCCAGAGGAAGAAGUCCAAAAUGACCGAUGAGGAGAUUCUAGAAAGACUCAGUAUGUGGAGUAUCGUGAGUGUGGGGGAUCCCAAAAAGAAGUACACACGCUUUGAGAAAAUAGGCCAAGGAGCUUCUGGCACUGUGUAUACAGCCAUCGACAUAGCAACUGGCCAAGAGGUGGCCAUCAAGCAGAUGAACCUGCAGCAGCAACCCAAGAAGGAGUUGAUCAUCAAUGAGAUUUUGGUGAUGAGGGAAAACAAAAACUCAAAUAUCGUCAACUAUCUGGACAGUUACUUGGUAGGAGACGAGCUCUGGGUAGUGAUGGAGUAUUUGGCCGGCGGCUCGUUGACGGACGUCGUGACGGAGACCUGCAUGGACGAGGGCCAAAUUGCAGCGGUUUGUAGAGAGUGUCUCCAAGCGUUGGAUUUCCUACACUCCAACCAGGUGAUCCACAGAGACAUCAAAAGUGACAACAUCCUUUUGGGAAUGGAUGGAUCUGUUAAACUCACCGACUUCGGCUUCUGCGCCCAGAUCACUCCAGAGCAGAACAAGCGCAGCACGAUGGUGGGAACGCCCUACUGGAUGGCGCCGGAGGUGGUGACUCGGAAGGCUUAUGGCCCAAAAGUGGACAUCUGGUCUCUGGGGAUCAUGGCCAUUGAAAUGGUGGAGGGAGAACCUCCAUAUCUGAAUGAGAAUCCUCUCAGGGCGUUGUACCUGAUAGCUACCAACGGGACGCCCGAGCUCCAGAACCCAGAGAGACUGUCGUCCAUCUUCAGAGACUUCCUCAACCGCUGCCUGGAGAUGGAUGUCGACCGCAGAGGUUCUGCCAAGGAGCUGCUUCAGCAUUCGUUCCUCAAGCUGGCAAAGCCUCUGUCCAGCCUGACGCCUCUGAUUGUAGCUGCCAAGGAAGCCAUAAAGAACAGCAGCCGCUAGAGGGCGCCCUCUGUCCUCACCCGAGCCCGCAGCCCUCCCUGUCCAGGGGUGCGUUCAUGUCGGUAUAGGGGGGCUUCUGAUUUGCGGGCUGGGUGAUGUGACAGCACAAAGUGCGGAAUGGGGGGGAUCGGGCGGAGCUCUGUGAAUCCCCUUCUCAAACGCUUUCAACGCCAUCCCACCCCACCCCCCCUCCUCGCCACCAGCACCCCCCCAGCCCACCCAUACGUACAGUAACGGCGGCCUUUGCAGCCUCUUGGCACCGUGCUGCUAAAAAAGACCUUUUUGUUUACGUCUUCAGUACAUGUAGAGCUGUGUGUCACUAGUGCGCGUGCACAUGGGUUCUGUGGGGUGGGAAUGACUGCUUUCAAACCAAAAAAAAAAAAAAGGGGGCGGGGGGACAAGACCCUCAAAGAAGAGCUUUUGGUAGAGUUUUUUUCUGCCUCUUGCGUCAUCAAUGUGGAGAACACAUCACGCCCAUGCCUGCAGUGUUCGAUCAGAGUCGCUCUUGGACCCAAACUGUGCUCGUAUGACUGCGGGGCAGCUGUUGGGUGCUGUGUGUGUGUGUGUGUGUGUGUGUGUGUGUCCGUCCGCGCGCACGCGUGUAAAUGUGCAGUGACAAGGGCAAAGCCAUGGUUUCUAUUUCAGCUGACCAAAGUUGGAUUUGAGCAUUCUUCAAUGGCCCUGCUUUAUUUUACAUUAUCAUUGCUCUUAUUUAAUCAAUCAAUCGAUUGUCACCAGAUCAAUCAAUUCUUUUCUUUUUUUUUAAACCAUGAUCCGGUACGCUUUUAGACUUCUCUUAACAUUCAUAGUUGUUACCGAGCAAAUUUGCAUGGAUGUGCAGUGCCCGAUUUGUAACCUCAGAUCAACAACAUUUCAUUGAUUAUUCUAAAAACACAUACUGCGCGGCAUUUUUUUACCUAUGUGGAUUUAAUGCGUUGUUGCAGAAUAUUUCAUGUCCGUUUCCAGACUACAACUGAAUCCUGCUUAAAAUGUAAACAGAAAUCCUUUUUUUAUCAAUGCAAUUUCAUGGUGUACAUAAUUGGUAAAAGUAGAACAAGCAUAUAUUUGUGUGUGUGUGCGUGUACAGAUAUAAAGUCUUAGAAUAUGAGCAAUUCCAAAACAAAUAACCGAUUUGUAAUUUUUAUCAUUGCAGAAUGUAUGAGGGUCAUUUGGACUAAACACCCCAAAAGUGGCCCUAUUCUCCUUGUAGACAUUUUGAAUACAUAAUAUUAAUGCAAUUAAUACUGAAAUUUAUACCGCGGCUCCCCUCCUCUUGGGCUUAAUGGUGCUGACAUAAUACUUUUCACAUGCUCAUUUUUAGAUGUGGCAUAUAAAAUAGUCCUUUAAAGUGUCUAAGGACAUUAAGUUUAAAAAAUACGGUCAUUCCCUGCAUUAUCAUUAUGAUGCAUCACAACACAGUGACCACCCACGUCUACUUUCUUGAGACCAACAAAAAGCAUCCCCAGGUACAGUAGCUCCGCCACUGUGUCUACUGCACAUGGAUGGAUGUGUGAGUGUGUGCGCGAGCGUGUGUGUGCGCGUGCGCGCUCUUGUCUUCCUAUCAUGCUGCGACAUCUUUUCACCCAAUUAAAAUCGCGUGUGCGCGAGCGUCCGAGGGCUACCUUCAGUCUGCACGAGGCCGAUCCGCCGCUGUGACAUUGAAGUUCGGGGGGGGGGAGCUGCUCAGUCACAUUUUGUUACCUCCGUUGUACAGCAAAGGUCCUCAAGACGGAGCGAUGUGACACAGUCCUGCAUGUGAACCAACCAACUCUACACUCGCUUCUCAUCAUUCGCUUAGGUUAAGAUUGUUCGGAUAGGUGCGGUGGAUACAAAAAUUCUACACAUCCCCUGUCUCCACGCCAGGUUUCUUGUGACGCAAAAUGAAACAGAUGAAAUGAGAUUGUAAUAUCCUUCCCGCUCGUGAACACAAUUGACAAAAACAUUCUUAAGAACGGGAGGGGAAAUGGGUGGUUGCAUAAGUUUGCACACCCUAUUGUAUACCAUCAUUUAAAGUGCCUCCGAUUAAACCCGAAUGAACCUCUGAUAUUUUAGCAGGGGUUUUCCGCACAUUUUUGUGCGUGCGCUUUCUGGCAGACGAUCUAAAGUUUUUGUGCUAACCUGUAUGAAUAAUUACCUCCACCUUGACUUGGUCCCUCGGUCUAAGUCGUGGGAAUUAUGAAUUGUUCAAAACACCGGUGAGUAGUAACACAAAACCUCCGGGCUUCUGCUCGAAAGUUGAGAAAAUGUCAGGAAAAGCCUACUAGAACAUCUGAGGUGUGUUUGGUGCUAAUCAGAGGUACUAUAAAUGGUGGCAGUUAUGCGCUGACUCCAAUGUAACAUUUCACAUCACACAACCGCAUUUAUAAGACGCUUAUUAGCGCUACUCAUCCUGUUCUUGUUUAUUUAUUUUUAAUACCACCUGUCAUUUGAACAGGGGUGUGUAGACUUUUUGUGUCCACUGUAUGUACAGUAUGUAUGUAUGUAUGUAAAUAUGAAAGGGGGGACCAUCCCUUCUACCCCCAUCAACUGCCCCCCCCCCUCUUUUUUUAUUCCAAAAUGAUGUAACUUCAAAAUAAGACAUUUCAGGUUGCUUUUAUGGUAUGUAUCAAUCAAGUUAGUGCCAGUUAGUUUGUGUGUGGGCACGCGCUGGAUAUGGCUGGCCUCCCGUGAGGACGCUUGGUUGCAAAAGGCAACCCCCCCUCCCCCUUUCUGUGGUUGCUCCUGUACAUUCCUAUCUUCUGAAUGUGUCAAUAUGUACACGUGGUGUGAAAAUUCCUCUAUUAAUGUGUAUCAAGAGAAUGGAACAAAGACAAAAAAAUGUUACUUUUUAAAUUAUGAUCAUGAUUACUACUCUUAUUCUUGUCAAGCUUUGUAAAACUGCUGAUCCGUCUGGGCGUACGUCAGCAGGCUGCUCUCCCCGUCUUGGAGAAAGGACAGAAAAAAAAUGUAUGAUGGGGAGUGAGGUUUUGGAUAAACUAUUUUUAAUUGUGGUUGAAGCAAUAGACUUUUUGAACUUUGAAUUGUGCAUGGCUGUGUCUUGAGUGUAAAAAGAAAAAAAAAUCGCAGUUUGGGAACUGGACUGAAAUAAAAAGAAACCGAGUUGCUGU